AUGGGCAGGGCCGACAGCAAAUGGGCGAUCCCUGGAUGGACUUUUGUGGCAUCGGCAGAUCCUCGACAAAGGUUCAGUGGAGUGUGCGUUAUCGUGGCUGAUAGAGUCGUUGAAUCUGCAAGACUGACCUACAACGUCUGCAUACCGGGGCGCCUCUUACAUGUCCGGUGCAGCCAUCGUGACGUCACGCUGGACAUUGUUGCUGGCUAUCAAUGGGUCUGGCAAGCUGCCAAGUCUGAUCAGAUCGCUCAGCAGCGCGUUCAUGCCUCUGUUGCGUCCGUGCACGCAAUGCAGCCCGACGAUGGCUACGUAGACACCAACAUCGCACGCCCCAAGGCUCGGCAGGAGCUGGAGUUGGUCUUCAGCGGCCGCUCCGCCGAGGACAAGGAGAAGGAGAAAGACGAGGAUGCUCGGGAGAAGGAAGAAGGGAGCAAGCGCCACUGGAGCGAGCAGCACAAGUCCAAGGAGGACUCCGCGACGGAGGAUCCUCAGACGCAAGAGCUGCUUCGCUGCUUGGUGAAGAUGUCGGUUCGGCACGAACAGGAACUCAUGAGGAUCCGACCAGACGUGGGGUUCAUAGCCUUCUGCGAUACUUCCGACCUCGGUUGCAUGGGCAUGCUUCGGGAAGUGGCUCUGUCGUGGUCGGACCUGUUCUCCCAGGGGAAAGUGAACACGGCGCUGAAGACGAUGCUCGUCAUGUCGAUGAUGCGAGACAUACGGGACCGAGCGGAGAAAGUCCUUCGCGACGAGGAGCAGCUGCAGCGCUGCUUCACGGUCGGGUGGUUGAAGGAGAAGAAACAGGAAGUGGCAUCCACCCCCCCGCUGAAGCACUCGGAUGUCAUGAAACUCCUAGACGUCCUUCUCGAGCACCUGCCGCGGGAUGGAGUGGUAACGAGGUUCAACACCACCAAGCGCCUCGACCUCAUGAAGGAGUUCAAGACGGAGGUUGUCCCGAUGAUGUUGCAGCUCAGCUUGAGAGGAGCCUCGGCUCAGCUAUGCUACGAUUCCAUGAAGGCUCUCAGCGGGAAUGCGGUGAUGAAGUUGCAGGGCGUUCGUUGGCGUCCGGAACGGGCGCAGAAGCCUCCAUUAGCGAAGGCUCUGGAGGACGCAUAUCUUGCAACGUCUUUCUGCGACUGGGCGCCGAGGGAUCAGACGUGGGCUCUGUUAUGGCUGAUGGAGCUGACUGGCACUGCGGUGGGAAGGCUCAAGGCCGAGGCCUGGGAUGGCAUUUGGCAAGCCCGCAUUUCCAAUCCUGAUCGAUGCACUGAUGAAGGUGAUCGACUGGCCGUUCCCGUGUUUGCUGAGACCACCGGUCUUAGCACGCUUCACGAGUCCUUUCAAGUUGCCAUUGUCAUUUAUCAUCUAGGUCGGCACUUGCACAUGCCAGUCUCCUUAUGUCUUCCAGAGCACAUGCAAGUGGUGGCAAAUGAGGAGCUGGCUUUGCUACAAAAGCUGCGUACCCUGACUCCGCAUCACAGGCAACAUCCAUCGCUCACCCUCUUGACGAGGAAUGAGAUCUUCAGGAUUGCACGUGAGCUACUUGAUGGCGAGUCCUGGCAGUCUUUUUGCGAGUUCGCUUGUCAGCUGUCACAGUGUUCGGGGCAUGAUGGCAUUAUUGCCUUCCCGUUUCCUUGCCUGCGCGCGGUGGAUGUCGUCACAGAGGCGGAAGCCUUGGCAGAAUCCUUUCUUCAAGAAGGCUCCGGCUCUUUGUGGUCUGCUGUUAGGGAGGUUGUUCGUUGUCUUCCUUUUGAAGAUGAUGGCCGAGAGGUGGCGGAUGGACGGGUGUUUCGUCUUGGACUGUACUGCAAAGGGGGCUUCAUGGGAGUCUCGAAAACCUCCUGGUCACAUGUGGCAGUCGGUCGACUGCUCAAUGCAGCCGUCCUUACCACCUUCCGAGGGCAUCACUGGACCAGCCUCAGCAUCAACAAAGACAACCGUACCUCGCCCCACCAAGACCGUAACAAUGCGCCUGGACAAAGUCUGUUGUUGGGCUUGACGCAUCACCAGAAUGGAGAAAUCUGGAUUGAGGAUCGCUGUGGCUCAGAAGUCAUUAGUGAUGGCACUGCUACAUUGCGUGGAAGCCUCUAUCGCACGGAUGCCAGAGCUGUUCUGUUUGAUGGGCGCAACACGCUCCACAGCACCAUGCCAUGGCGUGACUGCCGUUGUAUCAUAGUGGCGUAUACCGUUGGCCCCUUUCAAAACAUGACGGCAGACCAGCGAGCUCAUCUCGAGGAUGCUGGUUUCAUCCCACCUGAGGUCAUGGCCAGCAGACGUUUCGCCUCUUCCGCGCCUGGAAGUGGAGAGGAGCUAUCGGACUCAGUGCGGCCGAUGGGAGGAAGCUGUAACGAACGCCAGGGCUUUGUGUACGUUUCUGGUGGUGCUGCGGGAGCCAAUGAGGGCCAAGGACCUCCUCGUCCGGACACCCAUGGUCCUUCCACUGAGGUCGGAGUGGCGGGCACACCCUGGUGUGCUGGCAACUCUGCUGCUCCAGAUGCUGAGAGUCCUGAGCCUGAUCAUGGCCGACUGCAAGUACUGGUCAGAUCGGUGAGAUGUUCCAGGGACUGGGCAUGGGUAUGGGCACCCACACGAUCUUCACUCUCGACUCGGAUGAGGAAGCGGACAUCGCGAGGGCCAUUGCUGCCAGUCUCGAGGGGCCCACCGUCGAUGCUAGUAUGA